CGGAUGCGUCACAUGACCCGUUAAUCGCCAGUGUAUUUCCGCGUUCACGUCGGCCCAGCUCUUAUCAAUGACCGUCCAUGGGGGUGUGCGGGCUCACACUCAAAGCAUCCCCGCUGUUUUCCGUCCAUCCUCCAGCCCGGCCUCGGCUGCACCGUGUCCAUGAGCCGUUAACCGCCUGACGGUCUCCUCUUCCUCCUCCUCCUCUUCCUCCGCCACCGCCUCUUCUUCUCCAUCGGGCCUGUCGUCGACUCGCGGGGCCGAGCUGGGGGGGAAUCCGGGGAAAGGCAGCCGCGGCGCCGCGCAUCGGCCCACGGACGCUCCGCCGCGACGCGCCAACAACAUGCUGACACGGGUCAAGUCCGCCGUGGCCGGGUUCAUGGGUGGGAUCAUGGCAGGUGGAAGCUCCGGCGGAGGGGGCAACGCCGGCUCCGAGCUACCCCUGAAAUUCCCCUAUAUGAGACCGGAGUUCCUGGGUCUGUCCGCCGAUGAGAUCGAGUGUUCGGCGGACCACAUAGCCCGGCCCAUCCUGAUCCUGAAGGAAACCAGGAGAUUACCGUGGGCCACCGGAUACGCUGAGGUGAUUAAUGCUGGUAAGAGUGCACUGAAUGAGGACCAGGCCUGCUGCGAAGUGGUGGUGGCAAGAAGGCGACCAAUGAGCUACUGCCCUCCCUCAACGCCCAGUAAGACGCCCACCGCCAAGAGACGCAACUCCCUGCCCAAUGGAGAGGGCCUGGGGCUUCGCAUGGAGCACAGCAAGAUGGGAGAGGACAGUGAGGGGCUGGUGUUCCACUACUGGGCCUUGUUCGACGGUCACGCUGGUUCGGGUGCAGCAGUGGUCGCCUCCCGCCUGCUUCAGCACCACAUCGCCUGCCAACUCCAGGCCGUCAUCGAGAUCCUUCGCAACUUGGCCUCCCCACCACCCACCGUCCUUGGGGAGGAACCUGACAACAACCCCUACCUCCAGGGAAACACCCCCGGGCCUCACCGCCCCACAUUGACCCGUGCUGCUUCGCUUCGCGGAGCAGCAGGUGCGCCGGGGUCCCCGUGCAGCACCCCACCUCCACCACGCUUUUUCACAGAGAAAAGGAUCCAGCAUGAGAGCCUGGUGAUAGGAGCCAUAGAGAACGCCUUCAAAGACAUGGACGCCCAGAUUGAAAGGGAGAAGCACGUCUAUAACAUCACAGGAGGAUGCACAGCUCUCACUGUGGUUUACCUGCUCGGAAAACUAUAUGUUGGCAAUGCAGGCGACAGCAGGGGUAUUAUUAUUAGAAACAAUGAGAUCAUUCCAAUGUCAACAGAGUUCACACCAGAGUCAGAGCGACAGCGACUACAGUUCCUGGGUUUCAUGCAACCUCAACUGUUAGGAAACGAGUUCACGCACCUGGAAUUCCCCCGGAGAGUUCAGAGGAAGGAGGUGGGCAAAAGGAUGCUCUAUAGAGACUUCACCAUGAACGGAUGGGCAUACAAGACCAUCGAGGAUGAAGAUCUCAAGUUUCCACUAAUAUACGGUGAAGGAAAGAAGGCACGAGUGCUGGCAACCAUCGGGGUGACCCGUGGGCUUGGUGACCAUGACCUUAAAGUUCAUGACUCUAACAUCUACAUCAAACCAUUCCUGUCCUGUUGCCCUGAGGUAAAGGUGUAUAACCUGACGCAGUAUGAGCAUGGAGCUGAUGAUGUUCUAGUAAUGGGGACUGAUGGUCUGUGGGACGUCCUCUCCAACCAGGAGGUCGCUGAGUCUGUCACCACCUUCCUAGCCAACUGUGACCCUGAUGAUCUGCACAGGUAUACAAUGGCAGCUCAGGACCUGGUGAUGCGAGCACGUGGGGUCCUGAGGGACCGAGGCUGGAGGAUCACAAAUGAGCGUCUGGGCUCCGGAGAUGAUAUCUCUGUCUUCAUCAUACCUCUGAUGUAUGGAAACCGUCAGCCCUGAGGAUUCUGACAAAGAAUCAACAGGCUAAGGACUUGAUAGCAAAAGCAUCGAUCAGGUCAAUCCUGAUCUCCGAGACUGUUUUUGUUUUUUUAGUUCUUUCUCAUUUCUUCCUCAGACAAAAGUUUAGUUUAACCGUCAGUUCAUGUCUUUGUAGAAGUUCAGGAGUGGUCAGUCACCAAACUUGGCCGCUCCAGGAAACAACAGUCACCACUUUGCAUCAGAAAACCCCCAACGUAAAGAGUAGACAUGUGGUCUCUUCUUCCUUCUGUAUCCUCAAGUGUUUCUGUCAGUGACAUAUUGAUCAAAGGUUGGGGUUAAUGUUGAUAGAGAUUGCAACUCCCCAGGAUGAUAAGGUGGCCUUCUCCUGAACUUCUACAGAGACUUGAAAGUUGAAAAGGGCGGAGGCUCUUCCAAACAGAAGAAGUCUUUCUCCUGACCUCUUUCAGAGCUGUACAAUACUGAGCUUUCCUCUGUCCCUGCUCUUCCCUCUGUACUGUACAGUCCACUUGUUUAUAAAACAAAAAAUAAUACCUCCUCUGUCUCGUGAACCGUGGGCUGAGCUGGUGGGUCAGCUGCUUUUUCUGUUUUGCCACAGUGUGGCUUUGAAGGACUCACUUGCUGGAGAAGCUACCUCCAGAACAACAAACAGACUGACUGGACGUACAGAGGCCAUUCUGACUGGGGUCUGCAUGACUGUUCCCAUUGACCGUCAUGUUUUUGUUUUGAAGGUUGCUGAUUGCUAAGAGCUAAGAUAAUCCAGAACGAAAGUUGAUGAUCAUGGUGUUUCAAAGAAAAAAAGGGAAUAAUUCACAGCCAAACACCAAGAGGGCAGAUCAGAAAUCAGUUUUACUGUCAUGUUAGAAAAAACUCAUACCUGGAUGGAGUUUCAGUCAUAUUAAGUCCUCACGGAAAGAGAAAUAGUCACUGCAACAAGUCAUUUAAUCUGAUACUACAGCUAAAAAGUGUAAAAUCCCUCUUGGAAUUUGACUUUUUUAAGCUUUAGUUCUGAAUUAAAUGCCUUGGAUAUAGUGUCUUUGCACUUUAAGCUGAUCCACAUCACCAAGGAGCCAUGAGAUGAUGAAGAGGCAAAUAUUCCCUGCAGCAGGGAGGAGAACAAACCCAAUUCAUAUUUAUAUGGUAGAAAAAAACCACGACAAUACAAUCAUAAUCAAACUGAACCAAGAAAAAAACACUAGCUUUCUUAUGCUUUGACAUGUUUGAUGUGUUUUGCAUGUAUCCUGAGCUUCAGAUGCUUCAGAAGGACAGAUUUGGGAAGAACAAUGUUGUGUUUUGAUGUAGCUAUUAACGAUAUGUCAGUGCAUGCAGUGAGAUAUUGUAGGCCUGGGAAUAUGAGCAAUGGUGCAAUAGUUUACACUGCUGUUUGUUUUAUAUGGACUGAAUUUAUAUUUAUGUGAUGUAUUAACAAACUAGUCUUAAUGUUGUUUCUUUAUGAAUGUGCAGAGACCUUGCAUAUAUUUAAUAGGUUGUUUUUGCUGUAGGAUUAUUACAUUAGGAUAUUAGACCUGUUGACUUCCCAGAUGUAGCGUUAAAGAAUGACGUUAAUGUUAAGGAGUGACAAGUCAGUGAAACGCAAGAUUCAAAACUAAAUGAAUCGCUGGGAAAAAGGACCAAAAAGGAUCUUUUUUUUUUUUUUUUUUCUUUACCUGAUGAACAUUGUGUUCAUAUAGUAAAGGGGUCAUUUUGUGUUUGUGUGGGAUACGCUGUUUAGCUCAACACAGUUAAGAUUUAGUAGAUUGUUUUUACUUUGGAGUUUAAUUCCAAGCUGAGAAAAACAGUCAGCAGAAUGACAUCAACAUCUCUAAUGCACAGCUGAGUAAUAGCAUAGGGUUUAUGUUUGCAUUGUGUUUUUCCCUCUGUUGUGAAUUGUAGAGCUCUGAAGUAGCACUGACUGACUUUCUAGUGGGAGAAAUCUUUGAUUUAACUACCUGGAAGAACACAGGAAUGCCUGAAUCCAAAGACGUUGUUCUCGUUUGGAUAUUGUUCAGUGCCAGGAUGAGGAAGCCAUCAUUAGAUCACACGAUAAUGUGCCAUUAUGUCACAUGGGCUAUUUAUCAUCUUAGCUUGGACUUUUGUUUGGACAGUUAUCAACAUUCCUCCAAGCAGCAGUAAUUUACCUGAAGUUCAUAAGGUGCAUUUUUCCUCCUGUACAUUCCAUGAAAGAAAUAUUUACUUCACAAUACUGUCUGAUAAUGCAUUGUUCAUUCAUUCAUUACGUGCUGUUUUAUUUGUUGAAUCGUACUAGUUAGAUAAGCUACUUGACUCUUAGAUUAUUUAUCCAGUAUCUUAUGGUUUUUUCGGCUUUAUUUUACAUUGUUGACCGUUCUGGCUCCACUUUCUUCGUCUUGACAUGUAUCGCAGUUCACUAGUGCAGCUUCAAACAGCCCAGGUUUCAUCCGACUUAGAGAGUGAAUGUUAAGAACUGCGAGCAUCAUGACGGCGACUGAACGGGACUUUAGAGCAUCUGUUGAAUGUUGAUAUUAAUUAUGUCAUUAAGCCUUCUUCUCCUACAUGAAUGUUAAAAUAUGAUCAUGAUUUAUUUUUCUCAUCCCAUUGUGCCACCCGACUGCUGCUCAUCGACUCAGGUUCUAUUAGCAUGUGUAGUGAAGUAAAGGAUGAGAGGGGGUUUCUAAAGGCAUGGGGUGUGUUAGUUCCACUGUUGUAAAUACAUGUGGUGAUGCGUAAUAUCUGGAAGCUCUUAAAAUAUUUACUUUUUCAUCUCAGCCCAGGCUCUCCAGGUUUCCCUUUUUAAAGUCGCCGUAUUGUGAAGUCAACCCUGCUGUUGUUUUUUUUUCUACUUUUAUCAUCAGGUUGGAUAUGGGACAAGAACUGAGAGGUUUUUCUGUAGCAAAGAGGACAUGAGAGCCCACUGGGGGAUCCUUUUUAAGUGACCGUUGUGCUGCCCUCGACCUCUCCGUUUGUGAAUGUGAAAUGUACGUUUUGUAUAACAAAAAGAUAACUUAAGAAGAUAAAAAGGAAUAUUUUUAAUGUUUCAUUGUGCAACUCUGACUUUGGAGAAAAAUGUUUACCCUCAGUGUUUCUUUUCCAGAAAUGAAAAGAGAAAAUAAAUGUUAAAGAUCAGUGUAA